GUCAUAAAAAUCUGAUAAUAGAAAACCCUAGAGCAAACAAAAACAGAACCCUCAAGCAAGAAUUCCUCCGGUAUGUAACGUGUGGGAAGAGCUCAAGAAUGAAGAAAGAUAAGACGGCUCCUCCUUACUCAGUCAAUGUCUCUCUAAAUGCUCAGAAGCGUCUAAAAUUGGACCAAAAGGAUAGUUAUCUGUUUAGUGAAAACGAAAUGGAGAGUGUGAGAAUGAGAACUAGGGUUCAUUUGAAAUGGGGAAACCCCUCCGGCAGCGAAAAGCCGAAAAUGGUGAUGUUGCGGAGAAAAAAGGCGCAGCCUUUCCUCCGUCAAAAUUGUUUUUCUCAGACCAAAGUCGCUCGUGAGCAAGUGGCAGAUAAUGGUUAAAUUACAUUAAUACCCUUAUGGCAUCCACCAACCAAGCAACCACGGGAAAAAAAGCGCUUACUAACCGGCCCGGUUUGUUCAUGGACCCGUGUGAUCUUUGAUUUAAUAAACUAACCCGGUUUG